CUUCCCGGAGGUUGGUUUGGAAAUCCGGCAUUAUUGUCUCCCUUACUUGGUAUUCAUGUCAACAUUAUAAACAUUGCAUCGACUUAAUCAUUAAUCCAGAAUUCAGUGUUUAGUCAAUAAUGUCAGGAGGAACAUUUACUUGGGAAACAUGGAAGAGAAUGUUCAACAGUCGAGUAUUCGCUUUGCCAUUACUUCACGGUGAUAAUAUGUACAUCAUAGGUGGAUGUGACCAGAUGGGCAAACCUAUAACAGCUUUUGAAAUGUAUGAAACAAAAAAGAGAAAAUGGCAUAAUCUGCCAGAGAUGCCAACUGCAAGAGCAUCACCUGCAGCAGCCAUAAUUGGGGAUAAAAUUAUUGUUAUUGGAGGAGUUGGUGAGGGUCAAAACCCUGUAAAUGCUGUUGAAAUGUAUAACAUAAAGGCUAAAAAAUGGGAGAAGAUGGAACCACUCACUGAAGCUUUACUUGGGUUAUCCAGUGUUGUUAGAGACAACAAAAUUAUUGUUUGUGGUGGCAUGGGUUUAGAUACUAAUCCAAAAGACACCCUCUGUGCAUAUGAUGUAGAAACUAAUACAUGGAAGGCUAUGAAAGGAAUGCCCACACCUAGAUAUGCUACAUAUGCAUUUCUUGUCAAUGAAAAGUUGUAUGUAUGUGGGGGAAGACAGGGAAAGUUACCUAACACAGCUUUAGAAUGUUAUGAUUUUACUGAAGAUAAAUGGGAGAAGUUACCAGAUAUCCCCAGUAAGAGGGUGUUUGCUAUGUAUACUGCUACAGAUAAACAUAUAUUCAGUAUGGGAGGAUUAAAACAACCAGCCACAGAAGGAUUCUCAGAUGCAUGUGAAGUUUUUGACACAGAGAAAAAAGAAUGGAAGAUAGGAGUUAAUAUGCCAACAAAGAGAGCAGAUUUUGCUAUUGGUGUGUUAGGAGGAAAAGUAGUAUGUGCCGGUGGAUUAGGUGGACCUGGCAAACCUUUAGAAACUGUAGAAGUUUACGACUGGGAACAUGACAAUUGGACUAAAAUUAAAGAUAUGCCCACUACACAUUGUUCAUGUGCCUAUAUUUUAAAAGACGAUAAAUUGGCUGUUAUAGGAGGUUUAUCUACUACAGGGCCUAGUUCUUGUACAGAAGCUCUUAACUUUAGACCAGAUAGAUAAUCAUGUUGAAUGUUAGGAUUUUCAAUUUCAGCAAUGAAUUUUUCACUUGAUCAAAUUUGAGACAAUUUUAAAUCCACAUUGGAUAUAUUGCAUGAAAUCAUGACUGCUUAGGAGAUAUUUGUGGAACUUCAUGAAUACUGUAAAUAUAGAAAUAAAAAAUCUUUUCUGCUUGAUUGUUGUAUGAAAUAUAGACUUCCAUUAUAAAUUCAAGCAAAUACAGGUACCAUUAUUGGCUAAGAUGUCAAUUUCAUAGAACUAGAACUUAAAUUUUGACAAUGCUUCAGACUUUAUUUGCUGCAGCAUUCCCAUAUUGUAACAAUUACUUAAAGUAGACUUGACACAAUGUUUAUUUUCUUCAAAAAAGGUUUAUUACUACAUAACUGCCCCCAAAAAAUACAUCUUUAGCAAGUUUAAAUGUCAACUAAUUGUUAAAAUAUGUAUUUAAAAGUAUCGAUCUAUUGACCUAAUCAAUAUGCAUAUUUCAAUCCCGGAAGUCACUCAGAAAGAGGCUGCUAGAUCAUUAAGAAGUUUUUUGCAUUAAUUCUUAUUUACAGUACUGUAAAAUGGUAAAUUUUCACAAAGGGUUUAUUUUUUCUUAUUUUAUGAUUAAGAUAAAUUAGCAAAAAUAUCCCUCCUCAGAAAGUUUAAAAUCCUUAAGGCAUAUCAUAAUAUAAGACAUGAAAAACAUGAACAUAAAACCUCUGGAACUUGUUUGGCCUUUGGAAUCACAAAAUUUGAACAAAAAAUAAAACUGCUUUGCAGAAUCUUAUAUGAUUGUGAAAGAUGAAUUUUGAUGAAUUAUUGCAUCAUCUUUUUAUUUGAAUUUAAAUUUUUAGGCAUGUAAAUUAAAACUAUAUUUUUCAUAUGUCCAUUGUUAUUUAUUUGCAAGAAUCAUCCAAUAUAUUUUUAUUAUUUAUCCAUCAAUACCUCUACUAUGUAUAUUUACUGUAUUUUUCUGUAUUGCAUCAUAUCAAUAAAGUUCUGAACUAUAAUAUGCAUGAAUGAAAAACUUUUGUUUUACAAUGUAAGUAUUUUAGAAUAAAAAAAAGUGCAAUAUAUUUCUGAAAUUAAUUAUAAAAAAUAUACAUGUAUAAACAUUACAACUUACCAAUAUCUAUGCAUUAUGUAUUUUAACUUACCUUAAUAUUCCUAUUACACAGUGCAUGUGUACAAACUAUCAAGGACAUGUCAUUGACCUCUAAAUAUAUGUCAUGGUUUUUUGUUGAAUAAAUUAUUUUUAACCUUUUUUGCAUAUAUUUUUGCAUUAUAAACAAAUUGUAUUACAGCAUUCAGCAUUGACUUCAAAUAUUUUGUUGAUAAUUUUUUUAAUGUGAGUUUAACUCCACUGCUUUUUUUAAAUAAACUAAAUCAUGAUUAUUUUUUGUUUUUUAAUUGUUAAUGUUAUGAAAAUAGGUACAAAACUGUACAAUGUUUUUUAACUUGAUUUUUGUUUAGGGGGAGGAUAUUCAGCCUUGGAGUAUCAGAGUAUCAGAUAAUCAUAGGCAGAUUUAAGGGGAAUGGGGCCCACAAACAGCCCUUUUGGAACUACAAAUAAGAUUAAUGCCAAGAUUUAUUACAAGUUCCACUCCUAACGUUGCCAUGCUGCCCCCAUCCCCCUUUUUUCAAAAUCUUGGAUUUGCAACUGGGUAUUAAAAAGUUGGACUCUUUGUAGUUAAAAUGACUUUUUCUUAUUUCAGUUUAAAAUCUAAAAUAUAACCAGAAUUUGAAAAAAGGGUUUCACUUUUUAUUCUCUUCAUUUUAUAUUGAAAAUACUCGAAAAUUUUGGUUCAUUUGUGAAAUUGAAGUAUUCUCUAUUGAAGGUGCAGCAAUGUUAAAAAAACACUCUGUAAAUGCAAGUACACACACUUAGCUAAUGUUCUCAUAGGAAUAGUAUUCAGAUAUUAUUUAAAUUAAAUGUCAGGUUUUUACAGAAAUAAUGUGUUCUGUUUAAUUCAGUGCCAUAUACCAGUAGUAUUAACUUUAUUGAAGACCUACCUUUUCUUAAUCCUGAGAAUAUUGGAAAUUACUAAAAUUUUCAGUUCAAAAUAUGUUUACUUAUACAUAAUUUCUUUAAUGGACAAAGCACAUGUGUGCAAAAGUUUACAAUCCUAGUGUUCUUUAUAUAUGGACAAAGACAGAAAGAUAAAACAUCAUGUUUUGGUAUAAUUUAUAUAUUAAACAACAUGUUUUGGUAUAAUUUAUAUAUUAAACAUCAUGUUUUGGUAUCAUUAUAUAUUAAACAACAUGUUUUGGUAUAAUUUAUAUAUUAAACAUCAUGUUUUGGUAUAAUUUAUAUAUUAAACAUCAUGUUUUGGUAUAAUUCAUAUGGUAAACUUCAUGUUUUGGUAUAAUUUAUAUAUUAAACAACAUGUUUUUGUAUAAUUUAUGUAUUAAACAACAUGUUUUGGUAUAGUUCAUAUAUUAAACAUCAUGUUUUGGUACAAUUCAUACAUUAAACAACAUGUUUUGGUAUAAUUCAUACAUUAAACAACAUGUUUUGGUAAAAUUCAUAUAUAAAACAGCAUUCAUACAUUAAACAGCAUGUUUUGGUAUAGGUCAUACUUUAAACAGCAUGUUUUGGUAUAAUUCAUGCAUUAAACAACAUGUUUUAGUAUCAUUCAUAUGUUUAAUCAGCAUGUUUUGGUAUAAUUCAUGUACUUAACAAUGUUGUGGUAAAAAUCAUCCAUUUAUUUAAAACAAUGUUUUUAUAUGACCGCAAAAAUUAAAAAUUUUUUGGUCGUAUAUUGGUAUGAUGUUGGCGUCGUCGGCGUCGUCGUCGUCGUCGUCUGGCGUCGUCCGGCGUCGUCCGAAGACACAUUGGUUUUCGCACUCUAACUUUAGUUUAAGUGAAUGGAUCUCCAUGAAAUUUUACCAUAAGGUUCAAUACCACGAAAGGGAGGUUGGGAUUGAUUUUGGGGGUUAUGGUACCAACAGUUAAGGAAUUAGGGGCCAAAAAGGGGCCAAAAAUAAGCAUUUUUGUAACUUCCAGACAAUAACUUGUGUGUAAGUGUAUGGAUCUCUCUGACAUUGUACCACAAGGUUCCAUAUCACAAAGGGAAUGUGGGGAUUGAUUUUGGGGGUAAUUGGCGCAAAAUUUUAGGAAUUAGGGGCCCAAAAAGGGGCAAAAAAACAAGCAUUUUUCUAGUUUCAUGAUAAUAACUUGUGUGUAAGUAUAUGGAUUUUUGCUGAAAUUGAACUACAAGGUUCCAUAUCACAAAAGGGAAAGCUGGAAUUGAGUUUGGGGGUAAUUGCCCAAAACGUUUAGGAAAAAGGGGCCAAAAAGGGGCCAAAAAUAGCAUUUUUCUAGUUUCCAGACAAUAACUUGUGUUCAAGUGUAUGGAUCUCUCUGAAAUUGUACUGCAAGGUACCAUACCACAAAGGGAAUGCUGUGAUUGAUUUUGGGGGUAAUUGCCUCCAAAUUUUAGGAAUUAGGGGCCAAAACGGGGCAAAAACCAAGCAUUUUUCUAGUUUCAGGACAAUAACUUGUGUGUAAGUGUAUGGAUCUUUAUGAAAUUGUACUACAAGGUUCCAUAUCACUAAAGGAAAGCUGGGUUUGAGUUUGGGGGUAAUUGCCCUAAACGUUUAGUAAUUUGGGGCCAAAAAGGGGCCUAAAAACAAGCAUUUUUCUAGUUUCCAGACAAUAACUUGUGUUCAAGUGUAUGGAUCUCUCUGAAAUUGUACUGCAAGGUACCAUACCACAAAGGGAAGGCUGGGAUUGAGUUUGGGGGUAAUUGCCUCAAAAUUUUAGGAAUAAGGGGCCAAAAAGGUGCAAAGAACAAGCAUUUUUCUAGUUUCAGGACAAUAACUUGUGUGUAAGUGUAUGGAUCUUUAUGAAAUUGUACUACAAGGUUCCAUAUCACAAAAGGAAAGCUGGGUUUGAGUUUGGGGGUAAUUGCCCUAAACAUUUAGGAAUUUGGGGCCAAAAAGGGGCCUAAAAACAAGCAUUUUUCUAGUUUCCAGACAAUAACUUGUGUUCAAGUGUAUGGAUCUCUCUGAAAUUGUACUGCAAGGUACCAUACCACAAAGGGAAGGCUGGGAUUGAGUUUGGGGGAUGAUGAAUCAUAAGGGGGUUCAAAAAAUUUAGUGGAGGGAUUUUUUUUUUCUUUAAAAUUUUCCAUUUUAAAUUGGUUAUUUCUGAUUUAUAUAUAAAAGCAAAUAAUAAUGAUAUGGUUUGAAUAGGUAAAUUAAAAUUUUUUAAGUUCUUAGACCACAUUCAUUCUGUGUCAGAAACCUAUGCUGUGUCAAAUAUUUAAUCACAAUCCAAAUUCAGUGCUGUAUCAAGCUUGAAUGUUGUGUCCAUACUUGCCCCAACUGUUCAGGGUUUGACCUCUGCGGUGGUAUCAAGCUGCGCCCCAGCGGAGCAUUUUAUUUUCUUUUAAAAUUUUCCAUUUUAAGUUGGUUAUUUCUGAUUUAUAUUUAAAAGCAAAUAAUAAUGAUAUGGUAGGAGAUAAACACCAAACAGGAUGUGUAAAUUAUUAUAUAAUAAGUAUUGUGCAAUAGCAAGAAAUUUUCAAUUGCACAGUAUUGCACAAUAGCAAGAAAUCUUCAAUUGCACAGUAUUACGCAAUAGCAAGAAAUCUUCAAUUGCACAGUAUUGCGCAAUAGCAAGAAAUAUCCAUUGGCACAAUAUUGCGCAAUAGCAAGAAAUUGUCAAUUGUACAGUAUUGCGCAAUAGCAAGAAAUAUUCAAUUGCACAGUAUUGUGCAAAAGACGAUACUUCGUAUAAAUUGCUUAUUUCUUGAUCAAUUUCAAUGGGGUUUUAUUCUUGAAUUCUUGGGGUUCUUUAAUAUGCUGAAUAUAACCGUGUAUUAAGUUUUUGGAUUUUGGGCCCCGUUUUUAAAUUGGUCCACAUUGAGGUCCAAAGGGUCCAAAAUUUAACUUUGUUUGAUUUCAUCAAAAAUUGAAUUAUUGGGGUUCUUUGAUAUGCCGAAUCUAACCGUGUAUUUAGAUUCUUAAUUUUUGGUUCCGUUUUCAAAUUGGUCUACAUUAAGGUCCAAAGGGUCCAAAAUUAAACUUAGUUUGAUAUUAACAAAAAUUUAAUUUUUAGGGUUCUUUGAUAUGCUGAAUCUAAACGUGUAUUUAGAUUUUUGAUUAUGGGCCCAGUUUUCAAGUUGGUCCAAAUCGGGGUCCAAAAUUAAACUUUGUUUGAUUUCAACAAAAAUUGAAUAUAUUGGGUUCUUUGAUAUGCUGAAUCUAACCAUGUAUUUAGAUUUUUUAUUUUUGGGCCCCGUUAUCAACUUUGUCCACAUUGAGGUCAAAAGGGUCCAAAAUUAAACUUUGUUUGAUUUCAUCAAAAAUUGAAUUCUUGGGGUUCUUUCAUAUGCUGAAUCUAACCAUGUAUUUAGAUUUUGGAUAUUGGACCAUAAUAGGUGAAUGUCCAAUUUAAAAUUUUUAAGUUCUUAGACCACAUUCAUUCUGUGUCAGAAACCUAUGCUGUGCCAAAUAUUUAAUCACAAUCCAAAUUCAGAGCUGUAUCAAGCUUGAAUGUUGUGUCCAUACUUGCCCCAACUGUUCAGGGUUCGACCUCUGCGGUCGUAUCAAGCUGCGCCCUGCGGAGCAUUUUAUUAUUAGAAUGUUUUGGUAUAAUGAUUCUUUUCAACAACAUGUUUUGGUUGAAAUAAUCUAUUAAUCGCAAUAUUUUUGUAUAAUGCAUAUAUUGAACAAAAUGUUUUGGAAUAAAUAAUCUACUAUACACUAAAUGUUUUCAAUUUGAAACGAUUAAGAAGAUAUUAAUUUGGAAACUUAGAUUUAAUGAUAAAAAGAUCAUUUAACAUUGUGAGAGAUUUUGGUCAGAUGAAUUUCUAUCAAUAGACUCUGGCUACCCUUUAUUGUGACAUAGAUUAUACCAUGAUUAAUUCUAAAUGUUACAUCCUUGAGAAAUCUUCUUUUCUGCUGCAGCUGAUCAUCUACAAACAAAGAGAGAUAAAGAAUAUAAAAGAAUUUUUGUUUUUUUUCAUCGAAUAUAAGAAACACAUUUAAUCAUGACUUUUUCAUCAAUGAUUCACUGAAGCACAUGUAUUAUAUGCAACAUUAAUUGGUUUGUGUUUCAGAGUUUUAUGAAUUAAUUACACAAGUAUGUUUCUGUGAAGGAUGUGUGUAGACUUAUUAACUUUGUAUUACAGUGUUUGCCUUUUCUAUUAAAUUUUUAACUCUUUA